GCCCCGGUCGUUUUGGAAUGACGUGUCAGAAAGCCCCGGAAGCUGUCAGUGACUCCAAGAUGGCCUACCAGACUCUGCAGCAGGAAUAUCUACAGAUUCCUGUUGUCACCAGAGCUUACACCACGGCCUGCGUCCUCACCACCGCUGCAGUGCAACUGGAGAUCAUCACACCGUUCCAGCUCUACUUUAACCCCGAUCUGAUUCUGAAGAAUUACCAGGUAUGGCGACUCAUCACCAACUUCCUGUUUUUCGGUCCAGUUGGCUUCAAUUUCCUGUUCAACAUGAUCUUUCUGUACAGAUACUGCCGGAUGCUGGAGGAGGGCUCUUUCAGGGGCCGAACGGCUGACUUUGUCUUCAUGUUCCUGUUUGGUGGCCUCCUCAUGACCAUCUUCGGCAUGUUUGUGAGCCUCGUCUUCCUCGGCCAGGCCUUCACCAUCAUGCUCGUCUACAUCUGGAGCCGAAGGAACCCAAACGUUCGCAUGAACUUCUUCGGCCUCCUUAACUUCCAGGCUCCCUUCCUGCCCUGGGUGCUGAUGGGAUUCUCACUCCUGCUGGGAAACUCCAUCAUCAUCGACCUUUUAGGCAUCGCUGUCGGUCAUGUGUAUUACUUCCUGGAGGACGUGUUUCCCAACCAACCAGGAGGAGGACGGUGGCUCAAGACUCCAUCAAUCAUAAAGAUGCUGUUCGACACUCCGGAGGAAGACGCCAACUACAACCCUCUACCAGAGGACCGACCCGGAGGCUUCGCCUGGGGGGAGGGUCAGCGGCUCGGAGGGUAGAUGUCCCCCCUCCCCCCGCAGGUGUCGGGUGGCCUUCGUGGACCUUCCCUCAGAGAGACGAGGGGGACCAACGUGCUCUUUGUUUUCGACGUGUUCUGUUUAGUUCCGGGUGAAGAAUGCCAAACAGCCUGGACUGCUUUGAAGGAAACGGUUCUCUUGUUCGUGAUUUUGGGCUUAAAUCAUUUUCAGAAACUCUUCUCGAUCCCAAGUCGUCUCUCCGUGGCCCAUUUUUAGAAGAACCGGAGCUUCGGACUUCAGAUAAACUUUGGACAAUGAGCCUGUUUGGUUCACAUGAUGUUUGUCUUUCGUCUCAGUAACAUACUGAUGUGUAACAUAUUAAAAAAAAUGGAAAAAAAUGAGAACAUUUAAAUAUAAAACAGAAUUUAUCCUAA